UGGCGCGCGAUACAAAGUAAUUGAGGGAGUAUUGACACAAUGAAGGUUUCCGCCUGAUUUCCAUCAGAAUGUAGAAAAGAAAUGUAUCCAGUUUGAUGUGGGGUCUAGACGCGAUUUCCCCCUGCCUGCUGGAGAUCUUGUAUCAUGUCGGUAGGGAUCUGCUGAUGGACAGAAGGGGAGAAGUGGAGGGAAGUGCAAUCAGCACCAGGUACUUGACCUUAGGACACGAGUAAAAGUUUAAGAUCCCCUCUAAGCCAUCAAUCACAGCAAAUAAGCAGAGGCUUCUAUACUGAGCUGCGACAGGCGCAGAAGCGAUUACAGACAUCAUACAUGUGCGCAAUUAAUAAGUGUUACACGUCAUAAAUUAUAUAGUGAUACAUUGACAAAAGCUGGAGACAAGGGUGGAUGGCUCAGGCGAUAAUAGAGCGGACUUGUGCUUAUUACAAGGAUUGUACUGUAAAAAGAAUCCAAAUAGAAACGGAGCCAAAGUGAGCGGGGGUGCAGGGAAUACGGAAGAGGUCGGACAGGGGUCGGGGAUGUAACGGCUGCACUAGCUCCUGUACAGACAAGAUGAAAGUUUAGCGCAGUGGGGACUUGUCUAUAAGGUUUCACACAUUUCUGGAAUAGAAGAAGCGCAAACAAGCGCAGUUGUGUCAUUCACCUGCUUUUCUACACACAACUCAUUGUAUAACAUGGAUAUCCGUACAGAAGGGAAUGUACAAUAGUAGCACAUUGAGCUGCUGGGAUAGGGCCAGAGAGAGAGAGAGCGCCAGGUACGUGCUAGUAGCGCUAUGGGAGCGCAUCUGUGGGGACUAAAAGCGCAGCGCAGCGGCUGAUGUACUGGCAGCGACAUAACGGGUGUGAGACACCGGAGAGCUUAUGGCUGCGAGUAGCACAUGGCUCAUGUUAGUAGCUGGGGAAUCCUCUAUCAAUAGCUGACAUACGCCCCCCAUGUAUGCGCGUGAAGGAGAGGGGGUGCUGCUAAACGAUCAAGUGCUGGGACUUUGUUUUCCCCCCUUAACCUGGCUCCCCUCCCAUCAACUCCACCACCCACAGCAUAAACCGCUCCGGCCCACCCCCUCCCGUGACACGGGAAAGAGAAGGACUGUGCGAGGAGGACUGUGCGCGCUGCCCCUUCCGCGGACAGGAGAGUUUGCUGGGAAGGGAUCCGGCUCGGAAGGUCUCACUGGGAUAAGGGGGGAGUGAGAGAGAGAACGAGUGUAGCAGCAGCAGCAUCGGGCUCGGGAUACUCAACACACCCCUUGCACUUCUGCACCGCAUCUCAACUCCCGGCAAGUUCAUGUGCAGCACUGGGACUUCCCUGCUCCGCUGUGGUACAAGGCUGCGCACUACCUGAUCCCAUUCGCUACGGCUGCUGCAUCCUCUGAAAGGAAAGGGGGUUCAUCCGAAUCGGUGCUUCGGUGCUUACAGCAGUCUCACUAAACUUCUUCUAAAGUUCCACCUGUGAGCGCCGAUCGUACAGCCCAUCAGCAUCCCACCUAGGUACCCACUGUCCCCUGCCAGGAGCAAGCACUGACUGGACGCGCUCACUAAAGCUGAUGAAGAGGGGCUUGUAUUGUGCUUAUAGUGUCACUGCCUCCUGGACUGCGGCAAGUGAAUUCCCAGGCGGGGGGGGUGGGUAGCCAAAACAGAGAGGAAGGUGAAAGGAAUCAUUGGGCAAGGUCGUGUGCACGGAAAGAAGAAAAUAACUGUAACUGAAGGAGGAAAAGAAGAGAAGGGGCGGAGAAGAAGCUGCAGGAACAACGAGCAAGAAACUUUCCCCUCACUAACAAGCGAGCUUCCUCGCUCCAACCAAAUCCCACGGCACUGCCGGGAGCGCGGAGACAGUAGCGAGAGGCCACCAACGGGUCAAAAGAGCACAGCCCUGAUAUCAAAAGUUUGGGGGUGGAGAGGAGGAAUAAAAGUAGUGCGCAGCCAAGAGAAGAGGAGCUGAGCGGAGGCAGCACAGGAGGGGGAACAUCAUGACCUUCCCUACAGUGACAUGUUCCCUUCGUGGGCGCCCAGAAGUGUAGCCCGACGGGCGGUGCAAAGAAGCCAGAUCAUUUGGCGGAGUGAGGCGGCUAAUUGCUUGAGGCCGUCCCUCAUUUCCAUAUGCAGUCUGUGUCCGCUGGCCCCGAGCCAAUCCCCUCUCACCCCCGCCACUAAUCGCCAUGUAUUAUUCACCAUCACAAUUAUAUACCGACAUGCGCAAUCCGCGCCGCACCGACACCGCUUCAUUUUCCGUCAUUUUGCAACUCGACUAUUUGUGAACAAUUUUUUUUUUUUGCCAUUCGCCACUGAUGUAUCUGCAAAAAAGCAGAAAGGACUCUGAGUUCCCAGCGGCGGCAGCAGCAUGUCUCGGCGAAAGCAAGCCAAGCCCCAGCAUCUGAAAUCAGAGGACAUCGCGGCAGAGGUGCAACCUCACAACGCAGCAGCCGCGGAAAGACCCGAUGAUUGUGACAGUGGGAAUGAAAGUCGAAGUGGGAGUGAAGAAACUAACGUUUGUGAAAAAUGCUGUGCUGAAUUCUUCAAAUGGACUGAUUUCUUAGAUCACAAGAAGACAUGCACUAAAAACCCUCUUGUGCUGAUUGUGAAUGAUGAUGUAGCAGCACCAGUACCAGAAGAGGUUCCAGAACCCUCUCCUGCAAGUUCUCCCAGUAAUCACGCAGAAAGUGAGACUGCAGAGGAAAAUAUCCAGGUAGAAAAUAAUGACACCUGUGACAUAAAAGACACUGAAAAGGAAGAGGAACCAAUGGAGGUUGAAAUUACAGAAGAAAAAAACUACCCAAGUCAAGAAGCCUCAGACCCUGCUACUCCUCUACCUCAGAUUCCUGAACCAUCUUCCAUGACUAAUUAUAACAUGCCAAACACUAAUGUUACCUUAGAGACUCUGCAAAGUACUAAGGUGGCAGUUGCACAAUUUUCACAAAAUGCACAGUGUGUGGGGGGUACAAAUGUUGCAACUGCCGCAACUGCAAUGGCAAUUCCAAUGAUUUUAGAACAGUUGAUGGCACUACAGCAGCAGCAAAUUCAUCAGCUGCAACUCAUUGAACAGAUACGUAGUCAAGUUGCACUGAUGAACCGGCAGCCAUUACGGCCUCCAUUAAAUCCCACAGUUCCAUCCCAAAAUGCUCCAAUCCCUGCUUCCAAUCAGUUGCAGGGUUUUGCUGCACACUCUACCCUCCAGUUAACAUCAGUAGUCCCUCCCACUCUUUCAGGACCAGCAACUAGCGGUCUGCCCCCUUCUUUUGAAAAUCCACAGCAUAUGUCACAGCCACCAUCUGGGGCAAGUACCCCAAAUAUACCAUGCCCUGUAUCAUCUGUACCAACAGAAUCAACCAUAUCAUUAUCAACAAAUAGUAAAGCAAGUUCAGCAGCCCCUAGUUCUUUGUCCAAUUCUACAAGUAAUCCAACCCAUCCACAGAGCUCCUCAACACCUCCAUCUGUAGGACAUGGAAAUAUCCUUAAUUCAUCUUCCAGUUUGCCAAGUCCACUUCUACCUCAGAGUUCAUCAAAUAGUGUGAUCUUCCCCAACCCUCUUGCCAGCAUUGCAGCAACAGCGAAUGCUUUAGACCCCCUCUCUGCACUUAUGAAGCACCGUAAGGGAAAGCCACCAAAUGUGUCAGUAUUUGAGACCAAGACAACCUCUGAUGAUCCAUUCUUUAAACAUAAAUGUAGGUUUUGUGCCAAGGUCUUUGGAAGUGAUAGUGCAUUACAAAUCCAUUUACGUUCUCAUACAGGAGAAAGACCAUUCAAAUGUAAUAUAUGUGGAAAUCGUUUUUCCACAAAAGGAAACCUAAAGGUUCAUUUUCAGAGACACAAAGAAAAAUAUCCCCACAUUCAGAUGAAUCCAUACCCUGUUCCAGAAUACCUCGACAAUGUUCCCACUAGCUCUGGAAUUCCAUAUGGAAUGUCUCUUCCUCCUGAGAAACCAGUCACAACAUGGUUAGAUAGUAAGCCUGUGUUACCAACUGUUCCAACCACAAUUGGAUUGCAGCUUCCUCCCACAAUACCUGGAAUGCCUGGUGUUAAUAGCUAUAGUGAUUCUCCAAGCAUUACACCAAGUAACAGAUCCCCCCAAAGGCCAUCUCCUGCUUCUAGUGAAUGCAACUCAUUAUCUCCUAACAUAAAUAAUUCUGAACUCUGCAUACAAGCAUCUUCAGAAUCUCCACAACCAGCACAUGCAGGAACUGUUACUCCUAAACAAGAACCUAUUGUUCAGCCUUCCUCUACAAGAGUAGGUGAACAGCCUGUAAAUGUACAGAUAUCUUCUCCAGUCACUACUCCUGUUCCUACUGUUACAGAUUCCAGUGUUUCGACAGGCCUCCCAAACUCUGUGCUUCCUCCCAUGUCUGACCAAUUCAAGGCUAAGUUUCCAUUUGGUGGUCUCCUGGAAUCUAUGCAAACAUCAGAAACCUCAAAAUUACAGCAAUUAGUUGAAAACAUUGAUAAAAAGAUGACAGAUCCAAAUCAGUGUGUCAUUUGUCACAGAGUACUUAGCUGUCAGAGUGCUCUCAAGAUGCAUUACAGAACACAUACAGGAGAAAGGCCAUUUAAAUGCAAAGUUUGUGGACGCGCCUUUACUACUAAAGGCAAUUUGAAAACACAUUUCGGUGUUCAUAGGUCAAAGCCUCCACUGAGGGUUCAACAUUCAUGUCCCAUUUGUCAGAAAAAAUUUACGAAUGCUGUGGUUCUGCAACAGCAUAUUCGUAUGCAUAUGGGUGGACAGAUUCCAAACACCCCAUUACCAGAGGGCUUCCAAGAUGCAAUGGACUCGGAACUUUCCUAUGAUGACAAGAAUCUUGAAACAAUGAGCAACUAUGAUGAUGAUUUUGACGAUAAUUCAUUAGAAGAUGAUCUAGACUUAAAAGACACAGCAAGUGACUCAUCUAAGCCACUCAUACCGUAUUCUGGAUCCUCACCUGCUUCACCUCCUACUGUCAUUUCCAGUAUUGCUGCUUUAGAAAAUCAGAUGAAAAUGAUUGACUCUGUUAUGACUGCCCAGCAGUUUAUUGGUUUGAAAAACAUAGAGAAUGGAUCUGGUGAAAGCGAUCAUUUAAGCAACGAUUCAUCUUCUGCUGUUGGGGACUUAGAAAGCCAGAGUGCAGGCAGCCCAGCAAUGUCUGAAUCCUCUUCAUCUAUGCAGGUUUUGUCUCCAGUUCAUAGUCACAGUGAAAGCAUUCGAUCAAAAUCUCCACUUAUAACUAGUCAAGAAGAGCCACCAGUAAUACAACUCAAAACAGAAAAGCCUGACAGCCCUUUACCCACUCCUGAAAGUGAAGGUGCACUGGAUCUGACAGCCACUUACCCUGUGAGGCCAAUCAUCAAAGAAGAGGCUCCUUAUAGUCUCCUGUUCCUGAGCAGAGAACGUGGUAAGUUUAAAAGUACUGUUUGUAAUAUCUGUGGCAAGCCUUUUGCUUGUAAGAGUGCAUUGGAAAUUCACUACCGCAGCCAUACUAAAGAACGGCCAUUUAUAUGUACAGUCUGCAAUCGUGGGUGUUCCACUAUGGGUAAUUUAAAACAGCACUUGCUGACACACAAAUUGAAAGAGCUCCCAUCUCAGUUAUUUGAACCCAACUUUACUCUAGGUCCCAGCCAAACUACAACUAGCCUGAUCACCAGCACAGCGCCUGCCAUGAUCAAAAUGGAAGUGAACGGUCACACCAAGCCGAUCUCAUUGGGUGAAGGUCCCCACCUUCCAGCUGGAAUCCAGGUUCUUGCUGCACCACAGACAGCGAUGAGUCCAGGCAUCACUCCAAUGCUGGCACCCCCACCAAGACGAACUCCCAAGCAACACAACUGUCAUUCGUGUGGGAAGACCUUUUCUUCAGCAAGUGCACUACAGAUACAUGAACGUACUCAUACUGGUGAAAAGCCAUUUGGCUGCACAAUCUGUGGUAGAGCCUUUACCACAAAAGGGAAUCUUAAGGUUCACAUGGGAACACACAUGUGGAAUAAUGCUCCUGCAAGACGAGGUCGUCGGCUAUCAGUGGAAAACCCUAUGGCUUUGCUUGGUGGGGAUGCUCUGAAGUUUUCAGAGAUGUUUCAGAAAGAUUUGGCAGCUCGAGCAAUGAAUGUUGACCCAGGCUUUUGGAAUCAAUAUGCUGCUGCUAUCACAAACGGACUAGCUAUGAAAAACAAUGAGAUUUCUGUUAUACAGAACGGAGGCAUUCCACAGCUUCCAGUCAGUUUGGGUGGAAGUGCUAUACCACCAUUAGGAAAUAUCUCAAGUGGAAUGGACCGAACACGCACUGGCAGUAGCCCUCCUAUAAUUAAUCUGGACAAAGUGGGCUCUGAGUCUAUAGUCAAUCGACCAUUCACAAGGUUUAUUGAAGAGAAUAAAGAAAUUGGCAUUAACUGACAGUGAAUUUAAAGGAAAAACACUUAAGGCCACUUCUCUUCAAAACUCUUGUACUAUUUGAUGUACAGUUUUUGAACAAAUAUCACAGACUUCUACCCCAUACGCCUACUGCCCUUUUGCCCAUCACAGAAAUGCAUAGUUAUGUGGAUGUAGAAGAGAUGUCUUGCAAAAUCUGCAUGGUACUUCCUUCAGCAAUUUGACUGAUUGUUAAACUGGAUAUUUUUUGCUUCAGUCUUUAGUUAAUGAAGUUUUAUUGGAUAACACACUUACAAAGGCUGCAGUACAGCAUUAUGUUUCCCUGCACAAUCCUUCAUUUAUUAAUUUAUUGAGGUGAUACACAUUGACUUCUUUAUCCCAAUCUUUUGAAAGUUUUGUUUAAAUUAGAUAUAAACUUGAAGUUUGUCUUAAGUACUAUAAUACUAAAUAAUGAAUUUAGUAUGUCCCAUCUGUAGUAUUUAUAAUAACUUUAUGCGGGUAUCCAACAGUAUCAAAGCCCCAUCCUUAAAGAAAUCUUGUACAGCAAGGUACAUCUGAGUUUGUGACUUUUUAUUAGCCCUUUUUGUUUGCUAUAAUUCAGUGGUUUUAUUCCAAUGCAGGCAAAACUGUGGUAUUUUAUUUGGGACGAUAGCAUGCUUUACAUGUGCAAGUAUCUGUCAGUAACAAAUUUUUUAAUUUAAAUAUUUGUAGCUGCUAUGUGGACAAUUGUUUGAUAUAUAUGAGAAAAUGUGUGAAGAAAAGUACAAUGGUUGGAAAUCCAUUUCCACACAAACCUUUUCAAUCAUAAGUAUCACUUCAUAGGAAACUGUGAGUCAAAUCUUCAUGUUACCUUUGCUGUAAAAUAAAGGGUAAUGUUUGUAUAA